UGUUUGAGAAUUUGUUUCCCCCUUUUAAAAUUAAACAUCAAACAGAAUCGGGCCGGGUUUGCAGAAUAUGUCGGCGUCGGAUUCAGCUUUGCCGGAGGAGCUAUGGAGGCAAAUCCUUGAAAUCGGAAUUGAAUCCUCCAACUUCAACUACAAAGAUCUUUGCUGUCUCUCCAUAACUUGCACCCUCCUCAAUCGACUCUCCUCCGAUGAUUCUCUCUGGUCCUCUUUGUUCUCCGCCGAUUUUCCCCAAUAUCAACCUCCUUCAUCUUCAUGUUCUGUUUCCAGCAAAUGGCUCUACAAAAUUAGAUACGAAAAAGUUCGAGAACAGAAGCUUUUGGCCCAUAGAAGGGCUGUUUUAAGAAUUCAGAGUGAAAUUAAUGAGCAUUCUAGGAGGAUUGGAGAGAUGGAACUUCGAUCUAAAGAGGAGAAAGGGAAAAUGAAGAACACUGUUGCUGAGUUGUUAAAUUUGCGUAAGAUCAGGCAAGCCAAAGUUGCACUAAAUGUUUGGCAGCCAGAGAUUGUCCGGGGUAAGCAGAAGCAGAUGGUUGAGCAGUGCAAUGUACCUAUUGAUAAUCGUAUCCAUGCCAUUGAGAUGGAGCUCAAGCUAUGCAAACAACAAAUUCAAGGGUUAGAGAAGGCCCUUAGUGUUGAAAAAAAGAGAAUGCAGACAGCAAAGGAGAAACUGGCUUCAGUAGAAUAUCACCCCUUGCGGGAAUUUAACUCAAGAGUCAGCCCAAUUGAUGAACAUGACAUGAGAAGGAAAAGAUUUAAGAACUUCAUCAAGUAAGGAAACUAGGAGUUGAUGCACAACUGAAUCGAUGAUUUACUCAUGGUCAAGGAAUCUUCACAUUGGUUCGUCUGGCAAUUGGAUGACACAGAUAUUCAGCCUAUUUGCAUCUCUGUCCAAGCUCUAUGCUAGGAACCGAUAUUGCAGUUGCUGAGUUCCUGUUGAUUAUUGAAAAUAUAGCAGAUUUGGUUUACCUCGAGUGCACUUAGAAACAGAUAAUAAGUGAUAUAGGGGACGGCCGAAGGCAAGUAAAAGUCUGGACAAUGUUGUUAUUGUCUUUAUGCUUGACUAUGGGGAAAGAAUGUUGUGCAAUAGGAAGGGGGACUCUGGGCUACUUUGGAAUGUCCAGUUGAUGCAGAGCGAGAAAAAUUACUUUUGUGCCUCACACAACUGACACAAGUUAUGUGUGUUUGUCUGCGUUAUGACAAAUCGAGUUUGCGGGAAUCAAAAUGCCUCACACAACUUACACUUGCGUAAGGUUGCCUAUGAAAAGUGGAAUAUGUGGGUUCACAAAUUCUUGUCAAACACAGGCAACCCAUUUGGGUCCCCGCAAUUUUCAUUUGUCACACAUCGGGAAACCACUAUACAACUUGUGUCAAUUGCUGCAGCGUAACAUAAAAAUCUCAUGUUAAUUUGGUGUUUUUCAUUUUUAUGAUAAACUUUAUUUGCAUGUCGAUAAAAAUGCUAGACUAUGAGGUCUAACUAUGUGUAAACUGAAUUAUGAUGUAUGUGAUGUUGAAUUGUGCGAGGCUGCUUAGUUCCUCUUAUCAUAGUACUAUGGUUUGAGAGAAAGUAAUAGUAUCUACUUGGACACUA